AAAAUGAUGUCAAUAUUUUGAGAUGGUGGUGCCUGAAGAGGACGAGGGGCCGGCGGCGUGAGUGCCCUCUGUCAGUGAGCACAUCCUCCAGCUGUGCCUUGUGCCUUACCCUGCUGGGAGUGCAGUUUCCUCACCAUGGCCAACGAAAAUAUACCCAGCUCAGGGGAUGGGCCCAGUAAGAAUGCUCUGAAGAAGGCUCAGAAAGCAGCAGAAAAGGCAGCCAAGAAAGCAGAGCACAAAGCCCAGAAUGCUGCUGCAAGAGGAGAUGCAGAGCAAGAUGAAGGAGAGGACUGUUCCAAGGACCUGUAUGGGAACUUGCCCAUGAAUAGGAGCCAAGAAAAACGGCCGGUCACUCAUGUACCUCUCAAAGAUAUUGGCCGCAACCUUUCCAACCAAACAGUCACUGUGCGGGCUCGCCUCCACACAAGCCGUGGCAAAGGGAAGCAAGUAUUUUUUAUCCUCCGAAGCCAGGCCAGCACAGUGCAAUGUGUACUUUGUGUUGGGGAGAAGGUGUCCAAACAGAUGGUCAAGUUUGUCUGCAACAUCACCAAAGAGAGCAUCAUUGAUGUAGAGGGCAAGAUUGUGGCCACAGACCAGAAGGUGGAGUCCUGCAGCAUUCAGGAUGUUGAGCUUCACGCCACAAAGGUGUUUGUUGUCUCUGCCUCCUUACCUCGACUUCCACUCCAGAUUGAGGAUGCAAUGCGACCUGAAGAUGAUGACCCUGAGGGUUUGCAAAUCAAAGUAAACCAAGACACAAGACUGGACAACCGCAUCCUUGAUCUGCGCACCCCUACCAACCAAGCCAUAUUCAGGCUGGAAGGUGGAGUCUGCCAUCUCUUCAGAGAAGCUCUAAGGGCUCAGAACUUUGUGGAAGUUAUGACCCCCAAGCUUAUAUCUGCUGCCUCAGAGGGUGGUGCUAAUGUCUUUGGCAUGAGGUAUUUCGAUAAAGAUGCAUUUUUGGCACAAAGUCCACAGUUGUACAAGCAGAUGGCCAUUGCUGGUGACUUUGGCAAAGUCUUCACCAUAGGACCUGUCUUCCGUGCAGAGAACUCCAACACACACCGUCACCUGACAGAGUUUGUGGGGCUGGACUUGGAGAUGGCAUUCACCCAUCACUACCAUGAGGCACUCAACACCAUCGGAAACAUGUUCACCGAGAUCUUCCGAGGCCUGCGUGACAACUAUGCAGAUGAGAUUGCAGCAGUAAACAAACAAUUCCCAGCAGAGCCCUUCAAGUUCCUAGAUCCUCCCUUGAUUCUUGAGUACAGGGAGGGUGUGGCCAUGCUGAAGGAGGCUGGGAUUGAGAUGGAGGAGACGGAGGACUUGAGCACCCCUAAUGAGAAAUUCCUGGGCAGACUAGUGAAAGCAAAGUAUGACACAGACUUCUACAUCCUGGAUAAGUUCCCUCUGGCAGUGAGGCCAUUCUACACCAUGCCAGACCCCAAUGACCCUAAAUGGAGCAAUUCCUAUGACAUGUUCAUGCGUGGAGAAGAGAUCUUGUCUGGAGCCCAGCGAAUUCAUGAUGCAGACUUCUUGGUGGAGAGAGCCAAGGCACACAACAUCCCCAUCCACACUAUCCAGUCCUACAUAGAUUCCUUCAAGUAUGGAUGUCCACCCCAUGCUGGAGGGGGCAUUGGGCUGGAGCGAGUCACCAUGCUGUACCUCGGCCUGGACAACAUCAGGAAGUCAUCCAUGUUCCCUCGUGACCCCAAGAGGCUCACACCUUAGACUGGUUUGUUCCUACAGGUCUUUUAAAUUUGUUACUCUGAUUUCGUUCUUAUUUUCUAAAGCACACAUCAAAGGUUUGUGAGCAUAUAUUCAGAGAAACUUUCAUUCUUUUCAAUAUUUAUAUCCUUGAAUGCUCCUCACACUCAGAUUUAUCAGGUAUCGAGCAUUGGUUUAUGGUGUAACUCUGAGAACAUCCCAAAAGCUGUCUACACAAUGGCAAUCAGACAUAAAGGCCUCCAUCACAAUAUGACUGGUGAGUAGGUAGACUGGAGUCACCAUGAUGGAUUUGUGACUAUCAUGAGAAAAAACACUUUGUUUUGACAUUUUUCAUAACAAGCACAUUGUUGAAGAUAUAGUGGAUGUAUUUAUAUAUUUAUAAAUUAAUAAUAACCUAUGAGGAAAAUGGGUGAAUGAGACAUGCUUUAAGUGACUCACAAGAUGACUGAUACACACAGAUGUUAACUUAUCUUUUUCUCUGCUUUGAUUAAUUUAAUGUGUACAAAACAAUUUUUCUGUGAGAAUGUACAUCAAUACACCAAACAUUGAGUGAGUGCUCAAGUGGCUUCCUAAAUAAACUAUUUUGGUUUUAAA